CAGAAAUUUGAAAAAGUUGCACUGUUUUAUGUCGAUAUAACGUCCAACAUAAUUUAGUUUUCUUUUAUAUUUCUCUUACAAUAUUAGUUGCAUAUGACAAAUACUUACCUAAAGAGACCAAACAUGCAGAAAGAAGAGUGGAUGCCUGCACGGAGGGACUCCUUCUCCCCAUGUCAAAGCCUGACUUUUCUCAGUAAAUGGAGCGAGCUCUAAUGCCCCUGAAAUGAAUAUCAGCAUCUUGACCAAACUCAUUUAGAGAUCAGUCAGUCUUAAUCCCUUUCUCUCCAGGGGAGGGAGUUUGUGUCUUCUUUCUGGUGCCCUCUCUUCCUUUUGGAAGAAGGUAAUAUGGCUAAAUUUGCUUUGCUAAUGGGUUUAGUGCAAGCUGUUGCCGAGCAGAAAAGACGCACAGCGGCCACCGCUUUUAGCCUGACCCUUCUUGGACCGAAAGAGGAGUUUACGGGAAGCUCUGAGAAAUGAAGAUAAAUGAAGUCUUUUUGUGUUUUGUGAGUGGAUGUGCUGAAAAAAAAAACGUUUUAUCCCAGAUGUUCUCCUCCUGAGUUAAGCAACUUUUGACCCAGGAGGUGUAAUCUAUAAUUUUGCAACUUUAUGUGUUUGUCCUCCAAAAAAAAACCUCAUCUAGGUAUUUCCUUGAACAUGUGCUGUGUGGAAACACACUUCCUUUACAGCUGCUUCAUGCACUACCUGAUAACCCCUCCUGCGACAGCAGUGUCAUUUCCCAUAUGCCAGCUGUGGCGGGUACACAUUAAUGGUACCAUAUCCGAGAUUACACUCCUUAUGCCCAUAAAUUUUCUCUCUUGAUUGCAUGAUGAUCUUCUGCUUGGAAGGAAUCAUCCACGAGAUGGUCAAGUUGUUGCCCAUUUUGUUGUGCAUUUUCCUCAAAAUCUGACUUGUUUGAUUAAAAUCUCCAGCUGGCAGUGGAGACGGAGAGCUGCAGAGACGGCACCUUGAAAGUCAAAGCAGGCGGUAGAUCUGCUUCAGGUCUUAAUACAAGUCAGCUACCCCCAAGCUAUGAACCAUUCUGGAUCACUGACCCUCAAAUAAGAGACUCAGUCGAAUCCCUUCUGCCACAUGCCUCAAGGCUCAUUUCCCUGGUCUCUCCACUAGACUACAGGGUUCUUAUAAAGUAUCCAGCAGCACAUUCUCCUCAGUUCUUAUUGUCACCUUCUUGGAGAAGUGUUGAACACUUGACAGCUUCAAGUUGUGUAUCUAAUCAUUCAUAAUAAGAGUGUCCUCUUUGUGGUUCUUCACUCUCAGGUGGACGUUAUGUCAAACCUUGUGGGCAGUUUGUCUGAAGGAUACGGACCCCGGAUCGGGCUGAUGGAAAACUCCCUGGCUCUUAUGGAGCGAAACAGAAGCAGUGGAGAACAAUGGGACAUGGGGGAGACCAAACCCAGCGUGGAAGCCUUGGAGCGAGGAGGCCUUUACUUCUCCUGCUUUGACAUGCUCUUCACCGAAGAUGCUGCGUGGCUGGUCAAACUUUCAGAGGCGUCCCCGACGCUGGCUCUUCCCAUGACUCGCAUGGAGAGCCGGGAGGAGCCGGAGCAGUGUCCAGUGAUCGACAGCCAGGAGCAGGGACUGUCUCCCGAGCUGGAGCGGCAGGUGGAGGAGCGGUCUCUGGAGCAGGUGCAGAGCCUGGUUGUGGGAGAAGUGCUGAAGGACAUCGAAACAGCCUGCAAGCUGCUUAACAUCACACCAGACCCCAUGGAGUGGAACACGGGGAACGUGCAGAAGUGGCUGCUGUGGACCGAACACCUGUACAGACUGCCUCAUGCAGGAAAAGCCUUCCAGGAGCUGACGGGGAAGGAUCUGUGCGCAAUGAGUGAGGAGGAGUUCCGCCAGCGAUCCCCACAGUGUGGAGACACGCUCCAUGCACACCUGGACAUCUGGAAGUCAGCUGCUUGGAUGAAAGAGAGAUGCUCACUUGGAGACAGCAAAACUACAGGCAGCGAGGAGCUGUGGUCCGAGGCAGAUUCGUCCUGUUCAGGUCAACCCAUUCAUCUGUGGCAGUUCCUCAGAGAGCUCCUGCUCAAACCGCACAACUACGGACGCUGCAUCCGCUGGCUCAACAAAGAAAAAGGUAUUUUUAAAAUCGAAGACUCGGCUCAUGUGGCCAGACUGUGGGGGCUCAGGAAGAACCGACCCGCCAUGAACUAUGACAAGCUGAGCCGCUCCAUCCGUCAGUACUACAAGAAGGGCAUCAUCAGAAAGCCUGAUGUGUCCCAGAGACUGGUGUACCAGUUUGUCCACCCAGUAUGAGGGAUGACGGGGAGGGAGGAGGAGCAGGUGGAAACACACUUUAGACCAUAGACUUGCCAAGCACUUGAUUAAUUAUCCCCUCCAAUGAAAGGUGAGAAGAGACAUGCACUGAGCAUCCUCAACGUUGCAGUCGGUGCUGAAGAAACGGCUGGCUGCAGCUGCAGCAGCGAGAAGGCCGUUCUGUGUGGGCGCCCUGAGCAGCGCCGAAACACGUGUGGUCCUGCUAAUGCAUUGAGAUUAAACACAUUCAAAUAAACAAAUUGCUUUGUUGUUUGCAUAACCUGCCUGUUUUUCUUUUGAUGACUCCGCCUAUAAAAAAUAACAAUACUUUUCUGAGGAACACAAACGCCCUGCAGCUUUUGUCGUACGGUUCAACGCCAGCGGGUGAACGGCGUGUUCUUGAACCUCCUUCCACGCUGCAGGAUGCAGCUCUCAAAAAGUUCAAACGAGGACAUUGAAAUGAUCACACCCAUCUGGGGUGAUAACCUGUGCCAUCUAUAUGGACAAAAAUUGAUGGAUUCGUUGAUAAAACUGUAAAAUAUUUUUUUUUCCUGUAAACACUACACAACGUUUGAUUUUUUAGUUGUUAUUAGAGUUAAAUAUCCUGUGUGAUAAAAUAAGCAGUAA